UAGCCUAUUAGGUUGUUGAAAUAGUCUCCUGAAUCUUGGGACCCACACCCAUCACCAGGGUAAAUAUAGACAUGGAAGACAAAGGUGUUUGCGAGGAGACUGAGACCAGUCAACCCCAAAACAUCACUCCUGCAGCAGAGCAGGGUCCCCUGGUUUCAGUCACGUUUCAGACGGACCAACACCGAAAACUGAAAUACUUGGAGUCAGAAACUAAAGCAUUAGGGGUGACCCAAAUUACCUUCAGUGUGUUUAAGAUCUUCGCAUACACACCAUACUAUAUGCUUGGAUUCGGUGAACCGAUUGACCAGACGGUCAUUUAUAUUAUUGGAUAUGUGUUGGUGAUGGUCGCUGGUUCUCUGGCCUUGGCGGCUCAGAAUCUCCAUCUUCCCACUAUGAAGGCCUGCCUGGGGAUGCAGGUGGUGGCCUGUGUGAUCUCUAUAUUGAAUUUGCUCGUGGAUGGAUUUGACUUAGGGCUGGCUAAGUUGGAUUUGACUCCAUUCCAUGACAGCCAUUGCUGGCUGUCAUGGAAUUAUACAGGAGUCCAACAUGAUAACUGCAUGAUUCUGUCAACGACACACGCACAUUAUACUGCUGAGAAUCUCCUGAUCCAGGCUGCCUCGGUGGCUAUCUCUGUCACCCUGGCUGCCUACUGCUGCAAGGUUAUCAACUGCUGCUCACCCACAUCCAGGAUGCCUGUGAUCACUGUCCAAGCCCCUCCCACUCAGCAAUGAGAAAUUAAUCAACCUACACCUGGAGCCAGCUAACCAGCAUGUACUCACAUUGUCUGACGACCUAUACCAAUACUGGUCAUUAUAUCCAUUAUAAAGAACUGAUAUGAAAUGUGUCACAAAAAUAAGCAUGCACUUAUUUUACAGUUUACUGUUUGACUGUGUGUUUAUAACAUUACAAUUAAAAUAUUA